AUGACAUCUCUACUAAGACCCACAAGAGGGGAUCCAGGAAUACACGAGGUAUGGGCGGAUAACCUAGAAACUGAAUUUGCUGCUUUGAGAGCAGCAGUAGAUCAAUAUCCUUUCAUAUCAAUGGAUACCGAAUUUCCUGGAAUAGUAGCUAGACCAAUAGGGAAUUUCAAAACUGGAUCAGAUUAUCAUUUUCAAACAAUGAGAUGUAACGUUGAUAUGCUGAAGAUGAUUCAAUUGGGAAUAACGCUAUGUGAUGAAAAUGGAAACUCUCCAGAGGUUUCGACGUGGCAAUUCAACUUCUCUUUCAACUUGUCUGACGAUAUGUACGCUCCUGAUUCCAUCGACCUACUGAAAAACUCAGGGAUUGAUUUCAAGCGGAAUGAAGAAGAAGGAAUUGACGUAGAAUAUUUUGGAGAAUUGUUGAUAACGUCAGGAUUGGUAUUAUUCGAUAAUGUCAAAUGGGUAUCUUUCCACUCCGGAUACGACUUUGGCUACCUACUGAAAGUCCUGACUUGCGAACCCCUACCUGCCGACGAAACAGAUUUCUUUAAUCUACUAUUCCUCUGGUUCCCGUGCAUCUAUGAUAUCAAACAUGUUGUGAGGUCGGUGAAGACAUUAAGAGGUGGUUUACAGGAAAUAGCUGAGUCUUUAGGGGUAGCAAGGAUAGGACCUCAACAUCAAGCAGGAUCAGAUUCGCUCUUGACAGCAGCAGUAUUCUUUAGGAUAAGGUCAAAUUACUUUGACAAUAACCUGGAUAACGAUUACUACAAGAAUUAUCUUUAUGGUUUUUCAUCCGGUCGACAUGGCAAAAUAUCACCUCCAUCAGGUACAACAGGAUUAAUAGGGAAUGAGAAGCCAUAUUGA